UGGUCCUACCCGGAGGGCACAAGAGCCGCAGCCGCUCCUACACCGCAGGCGGGACCACGGCUCGGAGCCUGGAGCCGGACGAGGAGCCGGACCUCGGCCCCCCGAAGGGACGUGAUGGAUGGAGCCCAGUCCUGAGAGGCCUGCACGCAGCUGGCAGGAGCCGACCCUGGGAAUGGAUGCGAUGGCCUCGGAACACAGGGAUGUCCUUGUGCUGCUGCCCAGCCGGGAGCAACUGCGGCUGGCCGUGGGGGUGAAGGCCACUGGCCGCGAGCUUUUCCAGCAAGUGUGCAACGUGGUGAGCAUCAGAGACGCCCAGUUCUUUGGCCUCUGUGUGGUCAGAAACAAUGAGUAUAUAUUUAUGGAUUUGGAGCAAAAGCUCAGCAAGUACUUCUCAAAAGAUUGGAAGAAAGAAAUAAAUGAAGGAAAUGAGAAACCCAGAGCCCCCUUCGUGGCCUUCCUCCGAGUGCAGCACUACGUGGAAAACGGAAGGGUCAUAAGCGACCACAGGGCACGGCACCUGUACUACUGCCACUUGAAGGAGCGCGUGCUGAGGUCACAGUGCACCCACCGGGAGGAGGCCUACUUCCUGCUGGCCGCCUGCGCGCUACAGGCCGACCUGGGCGAGCACCAGGAGCCGGCCCACGCCGGGAGGUACUUCGAGCCACACUCCUACUUCCCACAGUGGAUCAUCACCAAGAGGGGGAUUGACUAUAUCCUCCGGCACGUGCCCACCCUGCACCGUGAGCGCCAGGGCCUGAGCCCCAAGGAGGCCGUGCUGUGCUUCAUCCAGGAGGCCUGCCAGCUGGAGGACGUGCCCGUGCACUUCUUCAGGCUGCACAAGGAUAAGAAGGAAGGUUGCCCCACCGUGAUCCUGGGACUGGCUCUCAGGGGAGUGCACAUCUACCAGGAGGUGGACCGUGCUCCGCAGCUGCUGUACGACCUCCCCUGGCCCCACAUUGGGAAGCUGGCAUUUCUGGGGAAGAAGCUGGAGAUCCAGCUGGACGGGCUGCCCGCAGCACAGAAGCUGGUUUACUACACGGGCUGCACCUGGCGCUCGAGGCACCUGCUGCACCUGCUGUGCGCCAGCCACCAGCUCCACCUCCGCGUGCGGCCCACUCUGCAACAGCUGCGGCAGCGGGAGGAGGCAGAAGAGAAGCAGCGCUACCGGGAGUCCUAUAUCGGCGAUGGGCUGGAGCUGGACCCAGCCAGCAGGAGCUCCCCGGGCAGUGGGGUCAGCAGCCAGCACUGCCCCCACUGCCUCUCACACCACUCCGCCAACAGCCACGGCAGUUCCUAUACGUCGGGCAUCAAGGCCGACUCCUGGCUCAGGGAAUCCAGAGAGAUGUCUGUGGACGUGCCCUUGGAGGUCCACGGCCUCCAUGAGAAGGAGCCGUCCUCCAGCCCCAGGACCAGCCGCAGCCACCCCAGCACAUGUGGUGACAGCCAAGGUGGGCCCGAGGGAGAUGCCCAGGCCCCAGGGACUGUGAGUGCAGUCCAGCCAGCCCCAGCUUGGCUGACCCUGGACACCAAGGCAGCAAAGCCCUGGCCUGCCCUCCAGUGGCCAGACGUGAGGGGCUGGGCUGCCUGUGACCUGAGUCCCGGGAAAUGUGCCAGAACAUGCCGGAAGAACGGAGAUGGCAGGGAGGAGCUGCCUGCAGCCUGCUGUGCCCGAGUCUCCUGUUCCCACCAAGGGGCAGCUGCAGGCUGGGAUCAGAGACAGGAGAGGUGGGGUCCUCUUGGGGUUGCAGCCACUCGCCAGGAGCCCUGCGCCGAGGUCAGGACCAGAGGCCAGAGCGCCAAGGCCAUGCACCAGAUCCAGGAAAUGAAAGCCGGGGUCAGUGAGGAGCAGCACAGCCGCAGCCUGGACGACAUGAGUCUGCACCAGCUGGCCCUGCACCCAGCACCCGCCUCACUCAGACAUACCUUCCACUGGGCCCCUGGACUGCAGGCUGGCGGGCCCCUGCGAGAUCAGGGCCACUCUCCCCAGCAAGAGGUCCAGCAACUGCCUCGCCCCGGACCUGUUCGGAGAGGCCCCACCACAGGAGUUUGUGGUGUAGGCACCACCCACCCAGCAGCGCCGUCUUCACCGCCAGGUUCAGCCCCCGCCCACCCUGCUGCCAUGUGGCCCUCGGCCCUUCCUGCCCGCCAGAUGCUGCCCCCACCUCCGCAGCCAGCACACUCCACAGGUUCACCUGUAAGAGGUGUGGAGCUGGCUCUGACAUCAACCUGGGAGGUGACAAACAGGUCCCGCACCUCAUGCCUGUCUGCGGUGCACCCGGGAGCUCCUUCCCUCGGGGUCUCCAGGGAGCAGGUUGGAGGUCUGGCUGUCGAGUGUCCAGACAGCCGUGGCGUUGGCCCCUGAGGCAGCCUGUCAGCCAUCCUCAUCUGGGAGAGAAGGUGACACAGCUGGACCCUGACCCUGGAGAGAGAGCUCUGCGGUUUCCCACGCUGCCAGCUCCCCGAGAGACAGUCCCGACGGGCACAGGCUGCCAGCGCUCUGGAGCCGGAGUUCACGGUCCUCAUCCCUGUGCAGGACCCAGGCUCCUCCUAGACCUGAGCCCCUCGCUGCAACUCCUGUUUGCGAGCGCUGGGCCUGCCAAACAGAGGCCCCUCUGGAGGUGCAAGCCCAGCUCUGUCACCUGAGAUCCAGCCAGAGACCCUCCUCCACCAGCCACAGUCAGUGGCUGUGCUUUCCCUUCCAAGCCAGGGCUUCCAAAGACCCCACGGCCCCAGAGCCGAAGCCGACUCUGCUCCCAUCUCAGCCAUGAGGCCUCCGGCCCCACUCUGCUCACAGGUGGCUUCCUUAAGCCAUUGCCCUGGCUGGGGUGGGGCUGGUGCAGCCCAGCUGGCGGAGGGGAGAGGCUUCAGUGACAGAUGGAGAGUGGGGGACUGGCUGUGCAUGGCACCUGCUCUGAUCCGGUGGGCUCCGUGGGUAAUGCAACCUCGGUUCCGUGGGCUCUGGAAGGCCACCAGGGUACGUUCUCCCCGGGGCUCCCCCGCCUGCACAACACUCCUGCACAAGUGCAAACCUGCUGUCCUCUGCGUUUAGAGGAAUGGCCCGUGCAUCCCUGCUAGUCUCAGGCCCAUUCCAGAGCACUGAGAGGCCACAGUGGUUCAACCUUGUGCCCUGAACACCACUGGCCCCUUCACUGUCCGUGUGUGGUGAAGACCACACCACACCACCCUCCAGCUCACUGGAGACAAGCACAGGCUAGAGCCCCAUGGCCUGGCACAGGGCUGCGUGCAUUGAGGCCGCCUCUUCGACAGGCCCAUCCGGGGGGCCCUCUCCUUUCUGUGAAAGGGAAUCGUGUGUGUGCCCCAGGCACAUGUAAUAAAGAACCCGAGCAGAUGCCUCCUGCUUGAACCAGGACCAGCCUGCCUGGGGGGAUGGUGAGAUGCCGGCUGUAACUCACUCACGGGCAUCGGCCACGGAAGUCUGCGUUCUGUAGAUGGCCAUGAACCCUAGUGCUGCUGAGGGCAAGACCGCCCACAAUUGCUGUGCAACAGGGGAGGGGCGCCUAGUGCUGGCUCAGAUGUGAGCAUGUGGGCACUUCCCAAAGCCAUUCCCAUUAGUACAAGAGGAUUGAUUUGCCCGGGUGCAGGGCAAUGACUGUCUUCUUCCUUUGAAGAAACUUGAAAGCAAGAGCCCAGUCCUGUGGACCAUGAGGGAAGGCACACGCCAGUGUUGGGCAGACACAGCAGGCGGUGUCCACCAUGAAGCAGGGUCUGAGACAAGACCUACACACACACAUGCACACAUCCGCACAUGCACACACAUGCACACGCAUGCACACACAUACACGCGCACACACGCACACAUCCGCACAUGCACAUAUGCACACAGGCACGCACACACGCAUGCACACAUCCACACAUGCCCGCACA